ACGUCGACAUAGAAAAACAAUUCGAAACACAACUAAAUAUUUCUGAUAGCAAUACAGUCCAAGCUGUACAUGAAACGGAACAUCCGGUUGUAGAUGAAAUAUCUGGAAAUGUAACAUCAAAGCAUGCUAGGUUGGAAAGUGCAAAUGCUGAUUUAAGGAAAAUACCUAGAGGCGUUGACCAAGAUAGGAUGUUCACACAAGAUAUAGAUGGCGACACAGCAUUACACAAUGCUAUAAUCUUAAAAGAUGAAGAGACAAGUAUAAGACUAAUAAAUUUAGCACCGACACAAGCCUGGCUUUCAUCUCGAAAUUUGUUGUUUCAGACACCUUUACACUUGGCAGCAUUAACUGACCAAACACAUGUCUUAAAACAUUUAAUAAUUGCGGGAGCGGAUGUAACAUUUCGAGAUAAACACGGUAAUACUGCAUUACAUAUUGCAUGUCGGGAUGGAUUAGUACGAGUCGUAGAAACGCUAUUAACACCAGCGCCGAAUCUGAUGCCCCAACAUCUCUGGGAUGGUGUACAAUACCAGCAAGAACCGCCAAACUUCGGUAUACAUAAUUACGACGGACUCACUUGCCUACAUUUAGCUGCAGUGAAUAAACAUUUGAAUAUUAUUGAGACAUUGGUCAAAUAUGAUAUUAAUCUAAACAUGAAGGACCUUAAAACAGGUAAAACAAUACUGCAUGGUUCAUGCGAGAGAAAUGAUACUGAACUAGUUUCAUUUUUAUUACGUCACAGAACAUGUGACAUCAACGCGAGGACUUAUUGUAACAGUACACCGUUUGAUGUGGCUCGAGCCCGGUCUAAUAUUGUGAUAUGCGAGGCACUGGCUGCUGCAGGAGCCAAGUAUGGCCAACAGUCGGAUUCCGAUUAAAUACGCUGACGCCGUUUGUCUAAAAGUAAUGAAAUAAUGUUUAUUAAAGGCACAUUAUUCCUAAAAACGAUUUUUUUUCUUUAUCUCAUAUGAAUUUCAUAAUGUAUAUAUAGAUAAUGUUUAAAUAAUGUUUAAGAGUAUGCCAGAUGCUUAUAGUCUGAAAAAGUGAAAUAAAUGUGAAAUAAUGUUUCAUAAAAGUAGCAAAAUGUAAACCAAGCUGUAUUUUGACUUCCAUACAAAAUAUCAAUUCACUUUAAAUGUACUAAUUGGGGAAAUAAAGCAUAUGAAAAAGAAGGUUCCGGUAAUUGUCAAAUGAGUAUAAAAAUACACACAAAAAUAUUUUUAGAAAUCAAAAUAAAAGCAUUUGCGAGUUAUAAUGGGCCUUUAAUUACAUGUUUAAUAAUAAUCAAUGCAGGAGGACGUUUAUCUAGCAUGUCAUACUAGUAUUUGAUUUGCUUGUUACAUGAAAAUAACCUCGGGUUUUACCUUUAUAUCUUUUCAAUUUGAAAUGAACUUUUAGACUAAGUAUUAAAGUCAUACAUUAUUGGCGUCUUUUAACUUUUUCUUCACGCGAGCUUCUGUAAAAUAAAGUGAAAUUUAUUGCUGCUUUAUUAAACCGGUGCAAACACAUGGUAUGACUUUUGCAUGAAAAAAGAAAGAAAGUAAUCUUAAUAUCAACUCGAUGAAAUGGGGGAAGUAAACUGUAGUAAAACAAACACCGUCACAAUUCUUGGUAUAUUUCUAUAAGAAAUCGAAAGUACAUUCCGAUUUUUUUUCUUUAUAAAGUGCAUAAAUGUUUUAUUAAUGUUAGAAAAACGAUUAGCAGCUCGUAAAAUACGAAAUGAAGAUUCAAAAUUGUUUAACAAAUACAAUUAAAGUCCGUUCAUUUGUUUUAUCAUGCUUCUCAUGAAGAUCUAUGAAAUACAGAAAGAAAAACAAUCAUCAAAAUAGUGGUUUUAUUUAUUUUACUCUUUGUUGCAGAUAGUUUUAUAAAUACAUUUACGUUAUUUUUUGUUUGUUUGUCUGGAGGGGCCUUCCUCAUUAUAUCAUGUCUGCUACAUCUGUAUAUAGGCGCACUGAUUUAUUCUUAAAUAUUCUAACAUAGAGCAUGGUUUUAUUUAUCAUGUAAAUAGUCAUUAUUAUAAAAUGCUAUAUAUAUUUAUGUGCUUUAUACAUUUGUAGUCUACUGUAAUUCUGUAUAGAAUGGUUAUAUACAUGUUCUUAUGAUAUAUUUAAUGUUGUUUUAUAUUGUAUCAUGCAUAUAGAUGAGACUUUAAUAAAUAAAUAAAUCUGUAAACCAUUUUAAAAACUUAUAGUUGAAAUAUUAUCACACACCGAUGUAAGCUCUGUUAGGGUCCAUUCCAUACCACAAACUGAUAGCUUUGUCUUUAAAAUCUCAUGUGUGUUACAUUUUUUGUAUAUAUAAAAUAUAUAUUGUUCUUUGUUGAGGGCCUCAUAGAAGAUCGAUCAAUAUUUUGUU